GACGUCAUCCUCACAAGGAACUCUAACUGGCGCGGGAGUUCAACCGGCUGAAAUAGAGGUCUUCAGCCUUCAUGUUAAGGCAGGCUUAUUAAUUGAAAUAUUUUCUUCAUCGUUAAAAGAACAAAACUAGGUACUUGUAUCAAAAUGGCUGUUGCAAAUUAUGUUGAUUUACCGCCGAGUCUGGCUUGUUUGAAAAAUAUGGAUACACUGCUGCGGUGCCCAAUAUGUUUUGACUUCUUGAGCAUUUCAAUGAUGUCGCAAUGUUCCCACAACUUCUGUUCCCUCUGCAUACGAAAAUUUUUGUCCUACAAAUUGCAGUGCCCUGUUUGUAAUUUGCCAAUGACGGAACAGGAUCUUAGGAACAACAGAAUUCUUGAUGACCUGGUGAAGAGCUUCCAAGAUGCAAGAAAGCGAUUGUCCCAGGCACAAUUCGACUCGCCCCCCAUCUCCCCCAAGACCCCCUCCUCCUCCUCCUCAGCUGUCAAGCGCAAAGCUCCAGCGCCGCCACCACCACCACCACCACCACCACCACCACCACUGCAGCAGCAGCAGAGGGGCCCCAAGAAGGAUGCUUCCGUUCUCUCUCACUUUUUCCAGAAACAGCCGUGCGCAGCGUCCAGCUCUGCCUCGGAGCCCCGGGGGGAGCCUGAGGCGAGGGCUCCCUGUGGCAAACGGGCGCGGACCUCCCGUCCCCGGACCGCCGCCGCCGCCGCGCUCACGGUGAAGCAGGAACCUCUGGAGGAAGAGCUGCCCCGGGCCAAUCAGAGGGGACAGGCAGCGCUGCACAGCAAGAACUCCACCAGAGUCCAGGUGAAGGAGGAGGAGAAGACGGACUGUGAGCUCAGCUCCCCGUCCACCUCUUUGGACCUCGCACCUGUAGUUAAAGUGGAGUGUCCGGUGUGUGAGGUUCCGAUCGCUCAGCAGCACAUCAACAAACACCUCGACACCUGCCUGAGGAGCGGGGAGAAGAAGGAGGCCCUGCGAAGCUCUGGGAAGCGGAAGCCCAUGGCCAAAGUGGUGUAUACGUUGAUGUCUCUGAUGGAGCUGAAGAGGAGGCUGCGUGAGUGCCACCUGCCCACGCAGGGCACGAGGGACCAGAUGGUCAAGCGCCACCGGCAGUUCCUGCUCAUCUACAACGCGGAGUGUGACUCCCAGCAGCCUCGGCCUGCUGAAGACAUUGCAAAGGAGGUGGAGACGAAUGAGAAGAUGAGGACGCAGUUGGAGAAGAAGACUAAAACUACAAUGGUGUUCAGAAAGGAUCAAACAGAAGAGGAGAUUGAGGCGGUGCACUCAAACUACCGGAUGCAGCACAGCGGUGAGUUCUCCCGCCUGGUGGCUCAGGUCAAAAGUCGCGUGGGGACGUCCAGGAGGGCUCAGCAGAUCAAGCAGGAGCAGGAGCAGGAGCAGGAGCAGGAGCAGGAGGCAGCCGCUGAGGAAACGAGCCAUGAAGAAGCAGUGGCAAGCCCCACGGCAAGCCCUUCCCAGCAAGGCACGGCCCCAGCCUGUGAGAAGCCAGACGCGGACACGAAUCCCUCCUUGCCAGAGGUCAGGUCAAGGUCACCGAGCCCAUCCCUAAGUGAGGUGUCUAUAAGCAGCUCAAUUUCAGAUGUGUUUAGCUGACUGUCAGGGCCAGCGGACAGGGUGUAUUGAGACCAGGAAAGCCCUCAGGUGGAAACUCUGGGAAGGCCUCGCUGACUGCCGCAGAUGAAAAUGGACGCUCUGGAACUUAGGAGUAGUUGAAGGAUCAGUCAGCCAACAAUAACUCUUCAUCUCCGGCUUUGUGUUUUAUGUGUAUUUUUUUUUUUUAGUCCUCUUUUCAUUGUUAAUGUACAUUUUUCAGUGUUUUUAAUAAACUAUCAUUUCUAAUGAAUUAUUCACCAAGGGUUUCGUCUUGUUUUGGCACCUUGAAUUGGGUGCAGACUCUCAAUGUCAAUUCACUCAGGGCAUUAGUUCCAGAGCGGGGUCCUCUGCCCAGUCCAGUGUACGUACAUUGUCAGCGAGAGAAUAAUAGAUUGUCCAAUCCUAAAGCCUUUCCCACACUCGUGUUUGUCCACUUCAGACAAUGAACCUAGAUUAUGGUAUACACAGCUGAGAAAGAUUAAGCGUUUGCCGUAGAAUACACAUUUCAUAAACGGCAACGAAGAACUCCGCAUGCGAAGCUUGUGUUGGAAGCAUUCCCCCCUGUUACAUAAAGCAGUGGCCUC